AUUGACAACUGGCACAGCAUUGAGAAGCAGACGGGUGCGGCGUCCACUUGCAAGUGGGAAAGGCCGGACGCAGGGAAGGGUUCCACGUCGCAGAGGGGACUGGCUUCCGCCAGUUUGGCUUCACAGUGGGCGGGAACCCUUUCCCACAGUCGCCUGGGAAAGUUGCAGUAGGGGCGUCUAGGGGCUUGGGUAGGAGCGCCGAGGGCCAUGUGAGCAUGCGCAAUAGCCACGUUUUCCCUUUGGCUUUUCAGUUCGCUUUUAGGUCUGGAAGGGUGUGUGUGCGCUGGCUGUUCUUGUGAGCCAGGGCGUGCAUUCCAGUAAGAAACUGCAUGAAGCUGCCCAUGGAAGCUGCUGACCAAGUUUUGCUGAGUCCAUGGUCCCUCGUGUGAUUGACAAGCCUAUCCCGUGCUAGCUGCCCCACUUUGGUGUUACUUAACUUGGGAACUUAGUUUCCAAAAUUUACUUCACUUAGCAUUAAGAAGAUGCACCUGCUCUGCGCUUUGCUUUUGUGGCUCUCUCUUAGCCAUGGCCUCAGCGCUAACUGUCCAGGCCGAUGCAGCUGUGAUGCUGUGCAGUCUGUGCAAUGCUACAGGCUCCAGGAAGUACCGCCAGGCAUUCCUCCCACCACCAAGAGACUCUACAUCAGCCACAGCAGAAUCCAGCACCUUCAGCUAUCUGACUUCACUGGACUGUUGGCUCUGGAAGAUUUUAUUCUUCUGGCCAGUGGAACAGAGUCUGUAGAAAACGAUACCUUCAAAACCCUGAGUAGCUUAAAGACCCUAGAACUUUGGAAAAAUAAGUUGCGACAAGUCCCCAGGGCUCUCCCAGCCAACCUUGAAGUGUUAAAAUUAAAUGAUAAUUCAAUAUGCGUUCUACAUGGAUCAGAUUUUGAAGGGCUGAAGAAAUUAAAAGUCCUUGAACUGAAGAACAACUUGAUCUCUGCCCUGACUCCCAGCAUGCUCUUCUCACUCACCAGUUUGCAAAGUUUGGUGGUGGAUGGUAACAACAUAGCAUCUGUAGCUGGACCACUGAGCCUUCCACAUCUGAAGUCCAUGAGCAUGGAGAACAACAAACUCCAUCUUGUACCAGGGAAUGUCUUUGCUUCUUUGCAGAAUUUGCAGCUCCUCAGUUUCAGUGGUAAUUUCCUGACUAAAAUUCCUACAAAUCUACCCAGAUCCUUGCUAGCUUUAAAGAUGGAGAGAAACCAGCUCAAAGUGGUUAGGUUUCGAGAUUUGAGACACUUGGAGAACCUGUCCCAACUUUACCUGUCACAGAACUUCCUGUCUUCCAUUGAUGGGGCGCAGCUGCUUACCAAUUUAACUACUCUCGAGGUGUCCCAAAACCGACUUCAAAUGUUGCCUCCCAGGCUACCAGCAAGGUUACAGAAACUUGACUGUAGCGGCAACUUCAUUCAGAAAGUGACGGCACCAGAAUUCCAGGACCUUCGAGACCUGAAACAUCUCUUUCUAGACAACAAUGUUGUCAGCUUGUUUGAGGCUGGAGCCCUUCAGAGGUGUUCUCAGCUGUCCAACCUGGCCCUGGAGCAGAAUCUGCUGCUGUCCAUACCUCUGAGGCUCCCUAAGACCCUGGCCAGGCUGGACCUCAAGGGCAACGCCAUCCAGGACAUGGCUGAGAGGGAGCUCAGGGACCUCAAACAGCUCCAGGUCCUCAACCUGAGGAACAACAAGAUCUCUGCCUUAGACCUCAAGGCACUGGAGGGGCUGCCUCGGCUUAGGCACCUCUACCUGGAAGGAAACCCCUGGAAUUGCACCUGCAGUCUCCUCCGAGUCAGGGAAGUCCUGAAGGCCAAGGGCACGGAUGUGAAGGGAGGACAGUGUGCAGCCCCAGCAGAGCGACAAGGGGAGAUCUGGAUGUCCUCCAAGAAGAUCCUGAGACAAUGUGAGCAUCAUUUACACCAGAACGAGAAAAGCAAAGAGGCCAAGAAGAGACCAAAACCGGAAGACUCUUCCAGCAUUAGACUCAGUGUAGACGAUGACGAUGACGAUUAUGAAAUAGAUUAGAGAUAAGCCUUGCUCCCAGUUUAGAAAUUGAUUUUUAAUGUUCACUCUCUUAAGCAGAAAUACAUUAUCAUUUAGAUAUGCAAACCUUCUUCGUAAGUGUUUUUUGUUAUUUUUGAAGAUGAAAUAAGGAUAAAGAUUAGCCAAAAUGUGGGAGGGAAAAAAAAG